AUGGAACCAGAGACUGAUAUGGUGUUGGUAGUGAUCUUUCUCAGCAUUGUGACCCUGAUCACUGCCUUAAUGAACAGUGCAGUCAUAUUGACGAUCAUUAACACAAAAAAACUCCACCUGCCCGCCAACUACCUGAUCUGCUCUCUGGCUGUCACUGACUUCCUGGUGGCCAUCUUGGUGAUGCCCCUUAGCGUCCUCUACAUCGCCACAAAGAAGUGGCUGCUGGGAUGUGUCGUCUGUGAGGCAUGGCUGAGCGUGGACAUGACCUGCUGCACCUGCUCCAUCCUGCAUCUGUGUGCCAUCGCACUGGACCGCCACUGGGCCAUCACCAACGCCCUGGAGUACGCCUGCAAGAGAACCCCGUGCCACGUCGCCAUCAUGGUUACCAUCGCGUGGACCAUCUCUGUCCUCAUUUCAGUGCCGCCUCUGUUACGGAGGCACAGCGGGGAUGACAACUUCGGCAAUUACACCAAGUGUCUCAUCGAGCAUGACCACAUCGGCUACACCAUCUACUCCACCUUUGGGGCCUUCUACAUCCCAAUGGCCAUCAUCCUCAUCCUCUACUACCGGAUCUUCAUCGCAGCCCGGACCUUGUACCACAAACGGAGCUCCUCGGGAGCCCAGUGUAAGAGGAGAGCCAGCAGCCACAACUGCCUCAGUAGCUGCCGUGUCACACCAACGCCUCUCUGUGCGUCUGAGCAGUCUGCCUCGGACCCCGCGCUAAACACAGAGCUAAAUAUACUCAAUGGCCCCAACCUGCAUAAGUCAGACAGUGGGGGACCGGGGGGGACCUGUGAUGAGAGGACCCAGAUCUGUGCCUCCAGAGAGAGGAAGGCUGCCCGCACACUGGGCCUCAUCCUGGGGGCUUUUAUCCUAUGCUGGCUGCCUUUCUUUGUUAAGGAGUUACUGGUGGGCCUCCGGGUGUUUCAUGCAUCAGCACAGGUGUCAGACUUUCUCACGUGGCUGGGAUACGUUAACUCACUCAUCAACCCCCUGCUCUACACUAGCUUCAAUGAGGACUUCAAGCAGGCCUUUAAGAAACUGCUCCGAUGUAAAGAGUGCAAAUAG